UUCAUCCCAAACCGCUUGUUUUUGUUUCUACUCAACAAGAACUGUCCAAACAAUACAAGUAGCUAUCAUGGUUCAAAGGGGAAUCAAGGUGAUAGGUCAAGGAUGAGCAAAGGUUUUAACCAUGUUUGCUUCUCCAAUAACCGACAAGUCAGAAGUAGCUCCCAAUGUUCCUUUCAACAAUCAUGACAGCAUACCACACGCAACUGAUCUACACUACUAUCCUGCCAGAAGUUAGCCCCUGCAGUUCAAAAACCAACUCAGUUCAGCUCAUGUCAAGAUGAAAUCUGCAACAAGGCCACAAAAGCCACAUGUUGAAGAUUCAGAAAGUGAUGCUAAUGAACACUCUGGGAAACAGAUGUUGCUUGAAGUUGUUGAUGCUGCUGAUGGGACUGCAAGCGCUUCAUGCAUGAAGGAACAUGUUGUGAAAAACACACCGGAUGCAUCUCAAUCUAGCCAAGCUGCGACUCCUAGAGAUAUUGAGGAUUUUGGCAGGUCUUUAAGACCAAACACUUUCUUGCAUCAUAGUUUCUCUACACUAAAUCAACUUCAGUCCAGGAAAAAUAUGGAUAUCAAUCCUAUUGAUCAAGAUGUCAACAAAUUCAAAGUAUCAGAUGAUGUCGGGGAUAGACAGUUUGAUUCUAAUCAUGGAGAACGAUCAUACGGAUACAACUACACGGUUGAAGAUGUUUUGGGUAAUAAUUCUUUAGUGCCAGGUAAUGGACGAGAAACUAAUGCAUCUUCUGAGGUGGUUGAAUAUGGUCAGAAAAAUGCUGCUAAUAGAAACAAUGUUACUUCUCUUAGAAGUGAUCAUUCUAUAAUAAAUCCUCAAAUGGCUCCAUCAUGGUUUGAGCAAUAUGGAACUUUUAAAAAUGGGAUGAUCUUGCCAAUGCAUGAUGUACGUGCAAUGACUCCAAAAAUUAUGGACCAGCCUUUUAUUGUGAAGAACCAAUCUGCCAGUAUGCAUCUUGGCAGUUCAAUGGAGCAAGUAAAUAGACUCAAUAAUACUGAUCAGCAUGCUCAUGCCAGGCUAAGUCCAAUUCCUACUUCAGUUGUAAGUGUCAAUGUGCCUUCUCAGUUAUUGCCUCCUGCUGUUGAGCCUGAUUUGCAUGUUGCGAGACCAAAGAAGCGUAAAAGUGCCAAUUCAGAACUCAUGGCAUGGCAUGAAGAAUUGAAACAGGGUUCUGAAAGGCUUCGAGAUAUCAGGGUGGCAGAAUUAGACUGGGCUCAAGCUGCAAAUAGAUUGAUUGAGAAGGUUGAGGAGGAUGCUGAGCUGGUAGAAGUUUUGCCAACAAUGAAGUCAAGAAGAAGACUUGUCUUGACAACACAGCUUAUGCAGCAACUACUUAACCCUCCUCCAGCUGAAGUUCUCUCUGCAGAUGUCAAGUUGAAUCAUGAUAGUGUGAUUUAUUUUGUUGCUAGAUCAGUGUUGGGAGAUGGUUGCAGUUCUGUCUCAGUGUGUGGAAGUGAUUCGCCAGUGCCAGCGACUAGCAAAAACCUCCUGCCCAAGUUCACAGUAUGAUAGAGAAGCUUGCUCAAUUUACUGACAUAAGGAGUUGUCUGAUAGUCGGUGGUCUGUCAACAAAGGUGCAAGAGGCUGCCUUGAGAUAUAUGCCAGACAUUGUUGUGGCUACUCCAGGAUGCAUGAUAGACCAUUUACGCAAUUCUAUGUCGGUGGAUUUGGAUGAUCUUGAUGUUUUAAUCCUCGAUGAAGGUGAUCGUCUUUUGGAGCUUGGAUUUAGUGUUGAAAUUCAGGAACUUGUUCGUGUGUGUCCCCGAAAAAGGCAGACCAUGCUUUUUUUUUCCAGCAAC